AUGGAUGAGGCAUCCUGGGACUGGAGAUUGCCAGCCCUGCCUCAUAGCUCAGCCUGGUGCUGCUGGGAAAAUGGGACUCUCAUUGAGAAGGGGUCAUGUGUGGCCCCUGGAGAAUGCCAAGAAGGUGUCUACGCCCUGACCUACGGCCCCCAUGCAAGUCUCUGGGUCAGCACAGCCUGUUGCGAAAACAACUGCAGUAGCCUUCCCCAGCAAGAGGCAGGGCCCAAGGCCAAGCUCAACACUGUGAAAUGUCACUACUGUUCCGGGAAUAUGUCAGCUUCAUGUGACUCCCUUUUGGUCAUGAACUGCACUGGGAAACAGACUGCAUGUGUCACCCUCAACGGGACCUGGAGUAGAGGGGGUCCCCAAAUUCUGAAGGGCUGUGCUACACCAGAGGUCUGCAACUUACAUGAGAAUGCCACCCUGGGUCCAGAAGACUCUGGAUUUCAUCUCACCGCUAAGCCUGAAUGCAACUACCUUACUCCUCCUACACAGCCAGGUCCUCAUGCAACUGUGACACACGCCAAAGCUGAGACCACCAUCUGCUUCACCUGCUCAGACCUCCACAGCUGUGGCCCACUUCCGUGCCCAGAGGAUAAUAACUACUGCCUUCAGAUCGCAGGCAUCACAGACUUUGGAGAAGGUAACCCUGUCUCCUGGAGAAACGGUUUCUGUGUGACCUCCAAGGACUGCAAAUUUGGCAACUCCAUCUAUGCCCUGACCUAUGGCGUUGGCUUUGGCUUCUGGGUCAACACCACCUGUUGCCAAGGCAACUGCCAGGAGCCCACCCCUCUCGGUAUGCUGUCACCAGAAAACAGUCAGAUGGGUGGCCACGGAGGUGGUGGGUGA